AGCUGGCUCCCGUCGAGUGACGAAAGCAAGAGCGCAGGUGCACAAGCUGGGAACUGCAUCCAAACCACACCAAAUAAACCUCCUGUUAAGGCUAUUUCCCAAACCUCUACUAUUCCUUGCUUAGAUACCAGAGAUAAUCAUCCCAAAAAUGGCCUCAGCAAAUGACGCUCGAUAUGGACAAAAAGAGUCUACGGAUCAGAACUUUGACUACAUGUUUAAGAUACUGAUCAUUGGUAACAGCAGCGUCGGCAAAACCAGUUUCCUGUUCCGCUAUGCUGAUGACUCCUUCACACCCGCUUUCGUCAGCACUGUCGGCAUAGACUUCAAAGUGAAGACCAUCUACCGGAACGACAAGAGGAUAAAGCUCCAAAUAUGGGACACUGCUGGGCAGGAGAGGUACAGGACCAUCACCACAGCAUACUAUCGUGGAGCAAUGGGCUUCAUUCUGAUGUAUGACAUCACCAACGAGGAUUCCUUUAAUGCCGUUCAGGACUGGUCCACACAGAUUAAGACAUAUUCAUGGGACAAUGCUCAAGUGCUGCUGGUGGGAAAUAAGUGUGACAUGGAAGACGAGAGAGUGGUUGCUUCAGAGAGAGGAAGACAGCUGUCUGAACAGCUAGGCUUUGAGUACUUUGAGGCCAGUGCCAAGGACAACAUUAACGUGAAGCAGGCAUUUGAGCGACUGGUGGACAUAAUCUGUGAGAGGAUGGCAGAGAACCCGGAGUCGGCGGAUCCGUCCACCGUGGGAAACAGACAGGGCCCUCAGCUCAGUGAGCAGCCGCAGCGCUCCCACAAAGACUGUGCUUGCUAAGGGUCGCUCUCAACCUCUCCACCAUUCCCAGCAGAUUGAACAAUGGACACUCUAGGAAAGAAGGCUUUGGUAAGAGAAGAGCUGAUGGGAUGCAGCUGUCCCUUUUGUGAGAUUGACAUGCAUUUUUGCUUCUCUUAUAUUAAUAUUGGUAACCAGUGCUCCUCUCAUCUCUUAAGAAUUUGAAUAAUUUAAUAUCUUUUUGACUUUGGGGGGUCAAAUUAAU